GCUGUUCGUUGUACGUACGCCUUGCAGUUACCAGUUCUAGCUCGAAUGUGUCAAAUCUGUUGUGUGUGUAAAAAAAACAGCAUCCAGUGAAGGGAAAAGCCCGUAUUUUGGGGACUUAGUGUCUCUCGGUGUCCCUUUUUCCAGCACGACCGCAGACACCUAGUGAGACGCCGCAGAUAUGGCUCAUUCUCAUCCCGGAGUCUGACAGGGGAUUUCCCUCUCCAGGAUACACAUAUUUUCCAUCUUCUGCUGGUGCUGCUGCCGGAAUUGGGUGCGGAAUUGCCGGGAGCAUACAAAAGGGUUGGAGGCAUUUUUGCGCAAGUACACCGCCUCUUCUCCGCAUCCUCCCGCAUGGUGUGCGUGUGUGCGUGUGUGCGCGUGGUCGCGUUUAUGCUGAGCAAGAGGAAGAAAACAAGCAUUGAAUGUUUGCAGCGCGAAGUGUGUGUGCGUGCGGCUUUUGUUUACACGGUAUUUCGCCGCCGGGACAACGGCCGCGCUAAGGAAUAUUAUGCUAACAGCGCGUACAGCGAGACGCGUUGAGUGAGAGAGCGCGCGUGAGAGCGAGCAGCCUGUCUCUCUCUCUUGUCAAAAUAGCGAUCAGAUCAGGAACAAGCGAACGGUACAGGAACAGCACACACUCGCACUGUUUACCUCACGGUGUGCAGGACUGCUCGGAUGUUCUGGCACAUCACAUCAGCAGAUCUUCCACUGUAUGCAAUUGCAAUCGCAAAAAGGUGGACACUCGAUACACACAAGACAUUCCCCUUUGGGAAGAAGUGCAUUAAAGAUACGCGUCAUCCCACUUCCGGGGACGUGUGCUGAUAAGUGAAACCAGCUCUCAAGUGCUGAGGCGGCCGCGCGUUGUUCAAGUGGAAGGAAAAACGCAUUCGAACCGUUUGUUGGAGAUAUGGUGCAGCCGUGAACGUGUGUUUGUUCCCCGGUCGUUUUCGAAAGGGUGUGUGUGUACGUGUCUGUGUAAUUGAACGCACCCGUGCGCAUACGAUCUGAUACGAAGAAUUGUGUGUAUGUGUGCCUCUCGGGGGUGUGUUUGUAGUGUGUUUAGUUGUGUGUUUGUGCGACGAGUGUUAAAGGGUAGCGGGAGCUGUUGAAGUUCUGGUAAAGCAAACGAAAAGGAUGAUAAAGUGCAAGAAGGUGGCUGAAAGUAGAAGUAGAACGUGUGGGUCGGCGUGAGAUUUGAAAAGCGUCUUACGUGGUUAAUUUAAAGUGUGUAAAACCUUAGUGUGAAAGUCCUGUCCUGUGAAGCGAGAAAAAGCAGAAGCGACCAACCAAUGCCAGAAAGUAACCCAUGAAAACUGUGCUGCAGGAUUAGUGUGACAAACCCAUCUCCAUGGCCUACUGAUUAUUAGAAAGUGAGAAGAAACACAUCAAUAGUGGAGAGCUCAACUCGAAGCCAUAUUCCAGUCGAGCAAGAUUUGACAAGAACGUCACAUCAGUAAAGAUGUAAACACAGUACUCCAAGGCUGAUGUAACUGUCACUUUCGUCUGCUUGAAAAAUGGAUCGUAAAUUUAAAAUCCACUAACGAAGGCACAAACAAAAAAGUUUGAUAGAGAACACGGCUACACAAGAUGGUGGAACAUUAUCUUUCGUAAACAGUAUCAAACCUUGAAUGGAGAACCACAAGUAAAGUGAAGUGCAGAAUCUAACAUACUACACCGGAGAACAUCAACAAAAGGAGAAGAGCUGCUGUCUCUGCUGAUUUAUUUCUUUUGAGAAUCGUUACGGAAGCAUUCAACAUGGAGAAAUCUACGGCCACCGCUCAUCCGGCAUCGGCCGCCGGACCUAAGGUGUCCCAGAUAGCGAAUCUGUUCCAGCGAAAACCCGUAGAACAGCUAGCACAGGAUAACAUACCGACAAGGGGAGACCGUCCUACCACUGACAGUAGUACCGCUGCAACUCACUCGCCAACAGCAACGGUCGUGAGGACCGAAUCACACGCCGCCCGUUUCAAUAACGCUCGCGCCCUGUUCGAAAAGCUGGGCGAGGGGCGCGUUAAUCGUCCACCGCCGUUCAGUAUUAAGAUGUCACAUUCCAGCAGCAAGGAGGACAAUCUGUCCGAUAUCGGUUCCGGACCGGACCGAUCACCGUCGCCAAAGAGAAAGCAACUGCAGCAGCAACCGCCGUCAGCGAUCAGCAACGGCAUCGGUAAACUUGACUCCAAUCGCAUCCUCAACCAGUCGCGGCUCAAGUCGGAGAAGCCAGAAAAACCGGAGAAACCCGAACGGAAGUUCAAUUCCCGUGAGCUAAUCGAAAAGCAAAAGAACUGGACGUCACACUUCUCGAAGACGCGCACCACGAAGGGUAGCGGUGCGAGUGAAUUCAAUCGGUGCGAUAUCAUCCGGACAGUACCCGGCACGGGUAUCAUCGCCGGAGCCGGUUCAAACACCACGACUGCGACACCCUCGGUUGGUUCCGGGCCGACCACCAAUGGAAACUAUUCAGCCAUUCCAAAUGGAAGCUCAAAGGAGCAGCUUCCAUUCGCUGCGGAACGGAACGGUCCAGCGGUGAACCAUGGGCAUGCGCCGCUUAUUAGCAGCCACCAUCGGCUACCGUCCCCUAGUGAACCUCCGCCAAGCCCACCAAAGCGGCAGACACCUCCGCCGCCACCACCGGAGAAGGGUCCACGGACGGCGAACCUAAGACAAAACUCAUUCCCGAGCCCAACAAAGACACCGCCAGCGGUUCCACCGCAUGCCACCGAUCCAAGCUCGCUCAGCCCAACGAAGCUGAGCCCGGAGAAGCUAAAACCUCCACCGAGACAGGCAGAACCACCGCCAGCUAGCACGGCAACACCUCACGCAAAUUUACCCCCGGUGGCUCCUGUGCGAAGUAGCACCACGGUACUGACCACGGUAAAUCACCACCAGCAGCAACAACAGCAACAGCAGCUAGUUAGUGGUGCAAGCAUCGAACAACAGGUGCCACCACCUCCGCCGGAAAAGACGAUCCGUAAGAAAUCGCUCGAGGGUAACCUGGACGAGCGGCAACCGCCGGCGGGCAAUGGAGGUAACGCGGCAAGCUUCAAGUAUCCCGAGCUCGGCGCCCUUGCCCGGCGGCAAUCGUCCGAGAAGGAUACCGGCUCGGGUGGACUUACAUCGCCCGCGCAUGCCAUCAGUUCUUCGCCCAGCCCGGGUGCGAGUGCAUCGUCGGGUCCUUCGUCGCCGAUUCACACCGAGGACGAGAAGCAGGAGAAUGAAUCGACGGAAAAGCUAAUGAAGGUGGGCAGCAGCGAGCGGGAAGAUUCGCGUGCCGAAGACACACCACCGGCGAACGAGAUGAAGACGGUAGAGGAACUAAAUGGAAAAUCCUCACGAACAGACGAUGAACAUUCCGGUGAACCACAGCAGCAGCAGCAGCAGCAGCAGCAACAUGGCGGCGUUACACGCCGCACGAAAGUGUCAAGCAUUUGUUUUGACGUGCCGGCCGCCGGGCUUGGCAACCGUCCACCGAGCAUCAUCAGCAGCUCCACCACCACGGACGAAGGUGGCUUCAAUGAACCGUCGCCAGAAAUCAAAGCCAAGCUUAAGCCAGCGUACGAGUUUGAUCUCCCGUUGCCGGCGUCCCCGCCACGGAAGCUUCCGAUCGGCGAGGAUCGUUCGCCGGUCGGUAGCCCAGCCGAGGCCAAACUGACGUACGCCGAUCUGGGCUAUCGGGUGCGUCCGGACGGUACGGAGUGUGAUGAAAUCUAUGGCGAGGUGGACGUGUAUCGAAGUGCCAACACGAGCAGCAGUAUUAACGGAAAGCAGCAACCGGGCGGCGUUCCCCUUAACACGGCCGCCCUUAAUCGAUCUCAACCUUCCGGAGCGAGCGGUAGCAGCGUGCCGAAUGGGCAGGGCAGUGCGCAGCUAGCGGAACCUCAAGUUGCCGGUGUCCCGCCGGCCAUCAUUAACGGUCGUUCUGCAGCGACCGAUCGCGUACUUUACGCUUCUAUUCUGCCGUCCUCGCUCGGUGACAAUAGCUCCACCACUACAACGGCCACUGACAGCGAGCUGGCUUUUAUGGAUGGUGAACGAGACGAGGCCAAGAUACUGGACUUUGACGAGCUAAGUGAGAUGGGCGAGAAGGGUUACCACAGUGCGCAGAUACUGCUCGAUCCGACACGAAUUACGCUGAGUGAGCUGGAGGAUGAUUAUAGCACGAAAACGUUGCCCGAUCCACCAUCGCUUGCAUCGAUGCGGCCACCACCGAUUCCGGAGGGACCUCCGUUGGAUCUGCAGGACAGUUUAAAGUUUGCGGAUGCAAGCGAUAACGAGCAGGACAGCCUGCUGCCCGAUGAGAUGACGGCGGAUGAAGCGGAGCGACUGCUGAGCUCCAGAAUAUUGGAGAACAAGAUCAGACAACGACCGUUACUCUCGGAUGAACAGGCACGAGAAGUGGAGCAAAUUCUCCUCAACAAUCAAGCCAAAGCGGAAACGGAUGAGCCACCGUUGCCACGGGUAGUGGCAAGUCCUCGCCAACAGGCACCGUCCGUUCCGGAGCGUGAGCCAGUUCCAGUACAAGCCGCCAAACCCGUACAGCAGACACAGCUUCCACCAGUGCCGCUGCCACCGCAACCCAAACAAGCUCCCCCAACCACCACUGCCACCUCAGACGAGCCGGACUGGCUAAAGGACGUGCUCGAGGCGCCGAAGAAUGCAACCUCCUCCACGUCCACGGUGGGCUCUUCCAUGCGUGAUAAGCCACCGCCACCACCUCCUCCAACCAGCGCGAGCCGAAACAAUUCCACCACUAGUCAGCAGGAAGAUGCGAGCAUCGGCAAUAAUACGACCGACUUGCUGAACCAAACCAUCCUUGAUUCCUCGUCGAUUCUGGCCGAUUCGUACGUCGAUACGGGUGACUCGAUACCGAGCGUUACAACCACCACCUCGGACAGUAUCAAUCUGAGCAAGCAGGAAGAAUCGGCAGGCGAAACGGGUGCUUUAGAGGACGAGGGUGAGGCUACCCAGGAGGAUGAGGCUCAAGAAAGGGAGAUGGUCAGUGGGCGGCAAGCUGCGGUACACCGGCAGCAUGUCGGUGAGAGUAUCAGUGAGGCGGACGUUUCCGCCGACGACGAGUCGAACCAUUCGGCCGGGUUCUACAUUCCCGAGUAUCCGCCGAUACGCUGCAAGGAGGUGUACGUCAAUCCGGACGGGGUGCACUUCUUCGAGGACGGUAACUUCUGGAUGGAGGUACCGGGACUGAUAGAGGCGGAACGCGAGCUGGACGAUGACGAUUUGCGCGGGUACGUGAAGAAGAACACGAAGGUGAAGUUUAGCAGCAAUCCGAUGCAGGUGUUCUCGACCUUCUCGGUGAACGAUUACGACCGGCGAAACGAGGAUGUGGAUCCGGUGGCAGCUUCGGCGGAGUAUGAGCUGGAGAAGCGGGUCGAGAAGAUGGACGUCUUCCCGGUGGAACUGAUGAAGGGACCGGAGGGUUUGGGAUUGAGCAUAAUAGGAAUGGGUGUCGGAGCAGAUGCUGGACUGGAGAAGUUGGGCAUCUUCGUCAAAACCAUUACGGAUAAUGGUGCCGCGGCACGUGAUGGAAGAAUACAGGUGAACGAUCAAAUCAUUGAAGUCGAUGGCAAAAGUCUAGUCGGUGUUACGCAGGCGUACGCUGCGUCCGUGCUGCGCAACACCUCCGGUCUGGUACGGUUCCAGAUCGGGCGCGAGCGAGAUCCGGAAAAUUCGGAAGUCGCGCAACUCAUCCGCCAAAGCUUGCAAGCGGACCGUGAGAAGGAGGAACGCGUUAAGCGCCAGCUGGAGGAUUACAUUCGUCGAAAUGCGGAAAUCUCCGAAGACAGUACGCUGCCGGUGUCGGCCAAUUCGAGCGUUUCGGAAGGCCCGGUCAGUCCGACGACGAAUGCGGCCGAAUCACUGUUCGAGACGGAAGCUGCCAGAAGCAGUGACGUGGAGUCGUUACGACGAAUCCUGCAGGAGAACCUUAAAACCAUUGCACUGCAUGAGGGCGACAUUCUGAACCUGAAGCAACAGCUCAUUAAAUACCAGCAGACCUGCAACGAGGCAGAGCUGCUGAAUGAGCGCGUAAAGCAAACGGAACGCGAGCUGGCGAACAUUAAGAAGGAGGCCAACAACUAUCAGAACAUGCUGCAGCAGUCCCAGGCACAGUAUUUGGUGCUGGAAAAGAAGUACAGCCGGGUGAAGAAGAUACUGCGCGAUUAUCAGCAUCGGGAACGGGAUAUGAUCCAAUUCCAAGAGUAUUACCUGCAGCACCUGCAGGAGAAAGACACCGAGUACAAUGCACUGGUAAAGAAGCUCAAGGAUCGUGUCAUCAGUCUCGAGCAGGAGCUGCAGGAAACGCAACGAAAAGCCGGCUUCCCGGUGAUACUGCCGUACGAUAGUGCGAGCCUGAAGCUGACGCCUCAGAUGUCGCGCCGUCAGCCACCCAAACCCGUCUUCCAGAAGCUGGAAACGGAUCUGUCCGACACCGAGUUCAGUGAUCUUUCGCCCGACGGUGAGGGCGAGGACGGUAAAACGGCCACGGUCGAGCGUAAGGUGCCUCCGUCGACGAAGGACGAUGAUCUAGACGUUGCCGUGCCGCAGCACGAACUGUUGGACAAUUCGCUGAACAAGGGGAAAAGUGAUCUAGUGGCGCGAGGUGGACUGGCGAAGCGUAAUCUUCCCGGCAAACGAAGUCACAGCAACAGUGGAUCGGAUUGUGCGUUGGAUGAGAGCGACGAGGAGGGUCACAUGACGCGAAGCACAACCGGCGGUACGGAAGGUUCGCACGAGUACAGUGGACUGUACAGUACGCCGCAGAUUGUGAAUCGUAAGGUGGCCACGCUCAAGGGAGAAGACUCCGGUCCGCCAGUGUACGCUCAGGUAAACAAGGAGCGAAGUUCUGGUGGAGCAGGACAUCCAGACCAGCAGCAACACACAACGAUUCCGAACAUUUAUCGGGCCGCUGUUGGGUCGGACAAUGGGAAGCUGAACUCGAGCUACGGCUCCGAUCUGAACGCUUCAUCGUACGACAGUGAUCUCGGUUCGUCGACGGAUAAGCUGAAGGAUAGUGGACUGUCGAGCGAUAGCUGGAUGUACCCGAGCAGACGGCCGAAAGGGUUGAAGGGUAUUACGCCACCGCUGCUAGCGGAGCAGCUGAAGGAACGGCUGGCGGAGCGAGAAGGUCGUCGCGGAUCCGGCGGUGGUUUGAUCGAUGAUGGAUCGUCGCGAGACUCGAGCGACGAUUACUCCGAGAUCAAUCAACAGCAAAGGCACAUCAGCCCGGCAGCUUCGUUGUCGCAAAAUUUGCUGGUGGAAAUCAAGAAAGCGGUCCACGAAGCACAACCGAAAGUGAAAAACAUACUUCCACAAAAUUUAUCUCCUCCAGGCGGUAACGGUCCAUGGCAGCAGCAGCAGCAACAGUCACAGCAGCAGCAGCAGCAGCAGGGUCAGUCUACUAGCGGUGGGCCGGCGGCAGGAUCACAGGGACCUCCUUCACCGUCAAGCGUAUCGAGCGGAUCGACGUCACCGGGCGCCUACUCACCGAGCCGUACGCUCGAUCUGUCCGGUUCUACGUCCAGCUUCUCGAGCGAUCGUAUCCGCGAUACCCAUCAGUGGAAAAAUGGUCCCGUCGAAGAGUGGUCUAACGAGCAGGUGUGCCAAUGGUUGCUCGGCAUCGGUCUCGACCAUCAUAUACCGGCCUUUAUGCAGCACUCGGUCGAGGGUGGCGCACUGCUGCAGCUUGACAAGCCCGACUUUAAAAUUUUGAACGUGGGCGGCGAUGACAAGAAGCUGCUGAAGCGCAACAUCAAGGAACUGCGACGAUUAAACGAAAAGGAACGGAAACAGAACGAAAAGGAGCGACGCGAGCGGGAAAAGCUGUUCAAAAAGGCGGAAAAGAAAGCGGAAAAGGAGCAGAAGAAGCGAUACCAGAAGUAAGGUGAACCACACCCUUCCCGGGGAAGAGAGAGAGAGAGUAAGAACACGAGUGAUUGUUUCUUCGGAAGACUUGCAUUUAGAAGGGUACUCGUCUGGGGCGUUAGUGUAAUUGAGGUGAGGCGGAGCCAUUUGUGCUUGGCAAAAUGACGCUAGGCAGGGAAGUGGAUUUUGGAAUAAGUUUUAAGACUCACACACACACGCACGACUCGAUCCGGGUGGGAUUAUCGUCCGUUUUUCGCGGUACCACCCCACACACACAAAAUAGUGUAUUUAGUUAAUUGUACAAGUUACUGUGUUUAUUUUUCUGUGAAUAUUAUCUAAAAGUAAGGUAUUGCUUUACCUUUUUGUGUCACACGAUAAACGCAAUCGGGCCGUUACUUUUUUCAGUUAGGUUUUUCAUGUGUUUCUUUUUUGUUUCUUUGUGUUUUGCCCUCUUUUUGCUGUGUUAAAGACGUGUGCAGUGUUUUCUUAUUUAAGCAUUCGUUUUAAUUAUAAUUACGUAUGAUAGGUUGGCGUUUUUUUUUUGCGUGUGUGUUUGAGUGUGUUUUCUAUAAUUUAUUUAUUUAAAAUUGAUAAUUUUGCAUGUUAAAUGCGAUUGUUCCUCGGCGCGUUACUGAGAGAGCAAAGAGAAGAGAGAUAGAAAGAGCGAAAGAGUAAACCACAUUCUGUGCAAAGACUCAAAGCAUGCUAAGCUAAGCAACGGUUCUAGAACAAAAAAAAACACUAAAAAUUAAUCACAACGGUAGCUAUGAUCAAAAGUAUCUUUAAAGUAAAGCAAUUUGCCAGGCCAACUCUUUCUGGCUGCUCCGGGAAGGCCGAAUGGUCGCAUGUUUGUCGUGUUAAAUGGAAGCCAUUUUGUAUUGGUGAGCUGUUAGUAAUCCGGAUCCAUACAACAACAAGAGUGAGUGAACUAUUCAGCGAUAAAACAGGCAACAAUGGCGGUAUCUCAAGCAGGUAAACGAUAGUGCAACAAUUGUGACGAACGCGAGAGGGUGUGUGUGUGAUGUAAUCAUUAUUGAUAGAACAGAAACUCCAAAACCGACAAACACGCGACUUGCGUGCAUGGUGAGUGAGUGUGUGUGCGUGUGUCAUAAGAAUUAAUCCCAUAAAAUAUGGUGGACACCGUUGUAUUGUGCAGCACCGAUUUAAACCAAAACUCCUCCCCGUCAGGCACUCUACCACCACCACCACCAACUCCCUCUUUACUACCCUCCAGGUGCAACAAAAAUGCACUUACACAUCGUUGUAGUGAAUUAGAAUAGGUGGAAAU